AUGGCGUCUGUCGCUUCAGGUCUCUUCAAGUCGUUACCCAAGCCCAAGUACACAGGUGAGGAUGAAGAAAUACCUGCCCACGCGCAGCAGCGAGGACCCCGAGUGCUGGGCGCAGGCGCUCUGGAUGAGACACAGGUUAUGUUAAGGAAAUCCGGCCCCCCUGCAUACGGUAAUAGAACGGGAUGGCGACCACGAGCACCCGAAGACUUCGGUGAUGGCGGUGCGUUUCCAGAGAUCCUUGUCGCACAGUAUCCGCUGGAUAUGGGUCGCAAAGGCUCUCAGACCACAUUAAAUGCUCUAGCAGUACAGGUAGAUGGUGAAGGAAAAGUCAAAUACGAUGCCAUUGCACGACGCGGACAUAGCGAUAACCGUAUUGUCCAUGCCUCAUUCAAGGAUCUCAUUCCGCUGCGGCAACGGGUGGAUAUGGGUGAAAUCUCUCUUGACCGACCCUCAGAGGAAGAAGUUUCAGAGCAAAUGGAAAGAACGAAGGAUGCUCUCGCUAAGCUUGUUUCUGGAGCAGUCGCAGCUCAAAAGCCAAAAAACGUGAGGGGUGGACAGAGAGCCGAUCCUACGUUUGUGCGAUACACCCCAGCAAACCAGAUGGGAGACACAGGCAGAAAGAACGAUCGCAUUAUGAAAAUCAUGGAGCGACAACAGGAUCCUAUGGAGCCACCGAAAUUUAAACACAAGAAAAUUCCUCGUGGCCCCCCAUCACCGCCACCACCUGUGAUGCACUCCCCUCCGCGCAAAUUGACUGCGGAAGACCAGGAAGCAUGGAAGAUCCCACCGCCAGUGUCGAACUGGAAGAACCCGAAGGGUUACACAGUGCCUCUCGACAAGCGUCUAGCAGCCGACGGGCGUGGUCUGCAGGAUGUCACAAUUAACGACAAAUUUGCACAAUUUGCCGAGGCACUGUUUACAGCCGAUCGACAUGCCAGAGAGGAAGUUCGACAACGAGCUCAAAUGCAGCAGAAGCUUGCUGAAAAGGAGAAGGCACAGAAAGAAGAGCAUCUCCGCCAACUCGCACAAAAGGCUCGCGAGCAGCGAUCUACAGCAGCUUCAAGUCGGCGUGAGUCUCGUGCUCGGUCUAUCAGUGGCAGCCGCAGCCCAUCGCCGUAUAGUUCCAGAUCGGUCAGUCCCAGCGAUGACGAAUCGGCAGCGCGUGAACGAGAGCAGGCUCGCCGUGAGCGUCGCCAGGAGGCCGAGCGGCAAUUGCGACAGUCGCGCAUGGGUACAGAGCGCCGUGUUCAGAUGUUGGCACGGGAGCAAAACCGUGACAUAUCCGAGAAAGUUGCACUGGGUUUGGCAAAACCUACCCAGAGCAGUGAAUCUAUGUAUGAUUCGAGACUUUUCAACCAAACAAGCGGACUUGGAACCGGCUUUAACGAGGAUAAUCCAUAUGAUAAGCCACUGUUUGCUGCGCAGGAUGCUAUAAGCAGCAUAUACAGACCGAGAGCCCAAGCUGACGACGAGUAUGACGAAGACGCGGCGUCAGGGGAAAUGAGCAAAAUUCAAAAGAGCGGCCGUUUCGAGGUUCUUGGGCGAGCGAAGGAGGGUUUCCGAGGCGCAGCUGAAGCCGAGGCUCGUGAUGGCCCCGUGGAGUUUGAAAAAGACACGGCGGAUCCGUUUGGCAUCGACACCAUGAUUGCCGAUGUCACUGGUGGUGGCUCAAGUAGCACCGGCCAGAAGAGUAAGCAUCGUGGAGACAAACGUCCUUCUCCCUCAGAGAAUAGAAGAGGGAAACGACCAUCGAUGGACAUCUCCAACCCACCACUGGCUGUCGCCAUGAAUGACAUCGCCAUCUCUACUGAAGUAGAACAUCCACUCGGCUCCUCCAGCUUGCUAGAAAGGCGCCAUAUAGGUCCAGCGGACCAAAGCAAUGAUGGGAACGAACAGGAACCCGAAUUCACCUAUCCCGAGGGUGGCCUCGCUGCCUGGACUGUAGCCAUCGGCUGCUGGUGCUCAAUGACGGCUGCUCUUGGUCUCAUAAAUUCCGUUGGCGUUCUGGAGGCGUACGUCUCUGCCACAAUGCUUCCUUCCUACUCCUCUAGUGCUAUAGGUUGGAUAUUUGGUAUCUAUGUCUUUGUCUCUUACUUCUGCGGCGUGCAGGUCGGUCCUAUUUUCGAUGUGAGAGGCCCACAAUACUACCAGUUUGUCUUAACUCUUUCUAUUCUCAAUGGAAUUGGUUCGUCCUUUCUGUUCACACCAGCAAUGGGCACCAUCUCCCAUUGGUUCAACGCCAAGCGAGGCCUGGCAAGUGGCUUCGCCUUCACUGGCAGUGGGUUAGGAGGCGUAAUUUUUCCCUUGAUGAUACAAUCCCUCCUGCCGAGGUUGGGAUGGGGAUGGUCUACACGCGUGGUCGGCUUCGUGCUACUCUUUUUGUGUGUUCUCGGCGUUGCCCUCUGCCGAGCACGUUUGCCGCCGAAGAAGGGCUCGGCCACAUCCUGGCGCGACGUCCUGCCGAGCCCACGCAUCUUUUGGGAUGGGACGGGCGCGAUGGCUAUGACUACUGCAGGGAUCUUUCUUGUUGAAUGGGCAUAUUUCAUCCCCGUCACCUAUGUGCCGACAUACUAUCUAACACGACAAGGGCUAUCCGGCCAUGACGCGGUGACCGGAGGCGAGGCGGCCUUUGCAUAUCAGCUCCUUGCAAUCCUCAAUGCAGCCUCUUGUUUUGGGAGGUUCUUUAUAGGAUACAUCGCGGAUAGAAUUGGACGAUACAAUACCAUGAUUGUGUCAACUUUGUUCUGCCUCGUGUCUGUGGUGGGACUAUGGCUGCCCGAUUCCGUGGCCCAUUCCCCGCCAAAUGUGGCCCUUAUUGUUGCAUUCGUCGUUCUGUUCGGGUUUGCAAGCGGGUCUAAUAUCAGUCUGACGCCUGUCUGUGUAGGACAGCUGUGUGGGACUCAGGAUUACGGUCGAUACUAUGCGAGUGCCUACACUAUGGUCAGCUUCGGGUGUUUGACUGGCAUUCCUAUUGCUGGGAACCUGAUGAAGGCUACCGAUGAAACGGGGAGGGGCAGCUUUUGGGGGGUCAUUCUAUUCACUGGGAUGAGCUACAUUGCGUCUUUUGCGUGCUUCUUAAUCAUGAUAAAUGAUGUCACGCCUGCCGGUGCAGCCUGCAAUGUCAAGAGGAGCCUGCUUCUCAUUGGUUGUGCAUGCACUCCGGCCCCACUCGCAAAGCCUGAUUCGCUCGUGCCAGUCCCAAAUAGGGGACCUCCCCCACAGACUGCCUCCGCUAUUCUCCGAUCUGACGCGACAUUGAACCCUGAUUGGCUGAGCGGCGUAUUUAUCAAUCUAAUCGUCUGUAGAUUGAGACGACCUGCAUAA